CUCGUACGAUAGAAGGUGGAGAAAAAAAAGAAAGCAGAGGGGAACUACUCCUGUUUACAACAACAUAAUGGAGCCAAAAUGGUCAAAUAUCAUCUGCAAGCGAGUUUUAUUGACUGGAUUUACGCUAUGUGUUUUAUUUGUCACAAAGCCUUCAUCGGCAAUCGACAUACAUGCCGACCCUGAAGUGAUGGUACAGAACGGCACCACGGGGACCCUUCGAUGCACCUUUAAGUCCAAUGAAGUGGUCAGCAGCUCCACCUCGGUGACCUGGAGCUUUCAGUCGAGUCAGCCCGACAAUCAGUUCUCCAAAGCUCCAUACGUGAUUUUCUACUUUUCCAAUGGGAAAGGAUUCCCAGGACAAUAUGAGUUUAAAGACAGAGUUCUAUUUAUUGGAGACAUAAACAAGAGGGACGUCUCAAUACAACUGAGUCCGGCUCAGUUCAGCGACAAUGGCACCUACUUCUGUGACGUGAAGAACCCGCCAGACGUAACAGGAACACCAGCCAAAACAGAGCUCCGAGUCGUUCUGAAGGAAUCUCUUCCUCCGAGCAACACCGCCAUUAUAGUCGGAGCAGUUUGUGGUGCUUUACUUCUGCUUGUCCUCGUCGCUGUAGCUGCCUGCGUCGGCAUGAGGGUGCUUCACAACCGGCAUGAAUAUGAAGGAUGUACGUCCUUGGAAAGCGUGAGCUCUCAGGCUCCGAAACCACGAAAGAAGGUGGAUACCAGUCUGGAGGGCUCCAGGUCUACCAGUCCCUCGGGUCCACUACAGGGCCCGGUGAUAUACGCCCAGUUGGAUCACUCAGGCAGCAAAAACUCAUUCCACAAGAUGGAGCCAGUGGUCUACGCUGACAUUCGUAAAAACUGAAGAGGAACUGGGGACCAAAACAUAAAUAAAAACACAGUAAAGUAUGAGACCUCUCUAUCAGCUGCUCUUGGGAAGGGUGGGAAUAUUUCAACAGGGACAAAAAUUGGUGCAGUUGCUUUUUUUUCCUUCACUUUUGUCCUCUGAAAGCAUGACGCUGUUACAUGAUAAAAUGUCGCCAUUUGCUUUUAUUGUAAAGACAAAAAACUCAAAGAAACACUCUAAUGGACACUACAUCACUCCAUCAGCCUCCUAAUUGUUCUCAGUAAAAAUAAGAAUGCCUUCAUCGAUAUCAUUCCAUAUAUUUUUAUGUUAAUUAUUGUAGCUUUGUGACUACAAACGGCUGUGCAGGCUGUUGCACCAGCUGUGACUGUAAAGUCGACUCAAACUAAAGUAAUUAUAUAUUCUAACUAAGUUGACACUAAUCAAAAAAUUGUUCAGAACAGAUUCACGAGUGAGGUGCUAACCAAUUUAUUAUAAAAGGAAAAUGCUAACCGUUAGUUUCUCCAUGGCCAAUACAUUUUUCAUUAAAACAACUAGAUGUCUGCAUCUGCAACAAUGACGAUUUAAAAAGGGAAGACAGGUCUGACAGUGCAAUUCUACAAAAAUAAAAAAAUGGCUUUAAAAGAAGCUUAUUUUACAACAAAAUUAAGUCUGGUCUCUGUCAAAACUAUAUGUAAAACAUCAUCAAAAAUCAUCCAACACCCAAAUCGUUUAGGCGAGCAUAUCAUUGAUUCAUUAACUUUCUGGUGGAAAUGAUUUUAAAAUUAGUCAGAAGACACCAGAGUUUCACAUAAAAGUCUGUUUCCAGUUGCUGAAGAGUUCUACUGCAUAUGUGAAAAAGCCAAGGGCUGUACCGACGCUUCAAUUCUUUAUUCAUAACGUUGAUUUUCAAGUUCUAAAUCAACAUUUGAAUGCUUGGUGCUCCAUCAUAUUUUUAAUUAAUUUAGGGUGACAUUGUCAUAAAAUAUGACGGCUGACAUUGAAGGCUUCAUUCAAAAACCUCCAUAGAAGCUAGAAAAUAUGACAUUCAGUACAGUCCUUGAAAAGCCUUUAGUUUCUCCAGAGUUAAUAAAUUACCUCAAGUGAUGUCGGCAUCAGUUUGGCCUGAAGAUUAGAAAUUUGUUGGUGCGAAGUUAAAAAAAAAAAAAAAAAAAAAGCAUAACACACCUGAAUCUUACACCAAACAGUUGAUGGCUCAGAUGCAUUUUGGAUAAUGUAGGCUCCAGGUUUUGAAGAGGAAGAAGAAAUCAUGGAAUAAAAAAGCUAAUAUAGUACUAAUUAAUCUGUACAGUGUCUAUUUAGCAUUACACUUCCUUCAAAUAUAAUUUUAUCUAUGUUAGAGCUCAGCUACGUUUUAAUAAGUGGGCUGUGAAGCAGAUAACAUGCACUCUCAGCUACUUUAUUAAUAAAGUUAUGUGAAUCUGUCUAUUUUCUUUUACUGAGCAAGAUGCAGCUAGUGUCUGUCUAUUUUUUCAUUAAAUAUUGAAGCAAUGCUUAUCUUAAAGCCUCCUGGGUGCUUUAUAUUUAUCACAACAAAGCUGGUGCAACAGGCUGCUGAAGCCACAGUUCAUCUCCACUGUUGGGCAGUUCCAUAGUGAUCUUGUUUUGUUUGGGGCGAACAAUGUAGAGAUAUAUUUUACAUUGCCUUGAGUAACCUUGCAUGCAACUGACAUCUACAGAGUAAACUUGGUACUCCUCAGAUAGAAGAAGUCGUCUGACAAUGUGUUACUGUGAAUGCUUCAGUUUUCUGUAGAGCUCUGGCAUGUUGUUGUGGUACCUUUUAAAAAAAGAAGAAAAAAAAGAAGAAAAAAAAGCCUCCCGUUUGAUUUUCACCUCAGUGGAACAUGCUCUUUGACCAGUUUUUUCUAAGUCUGUUUUAAUGUUAAUAUUAAAAGAGGUGCGUAUGAACAAACAUGCAAUCCAGGUAGAGUUUUGUUUUCUACAUCACGCUUAAAGAGCUUUUUCUGUUUAUAAGUGUGAUUCAAAAGAAUAAAAACAAUGUUUUAUUAUCUGGGAUUUUUUCUUUCCAGCUUUCCAUGUUUUUGAAAUAUGCAUGUUAAAAAAACAAGUUCAACUGAGGUGAAAAAGUUUUUUUAUGAUAACUGGGAGUUGUCUUUUGUUGGACAAAACGAAUGCUAAAUACACUGUUGCAUGCAAUUUACUAACAUAACAACCAUUAUUAUGAAAAUAUCCAUCCUUUUUUUUAACAUCUAUGUGUUGUGUAAAGCUCUUUUUUUGUUUCCAACCUAAUGGGCCAAAUAUCUUAUAUCAACAGUAAUAUUAGGGAAGUUGUUUUCAGAUGCUUUUAAGCUUUACAAUGCAUUCCAAAUUUGUAUGAUUUUUAUUUAGUUUGAAGCAUUUAAAAGCCAAAUUUAUGUUAUUUUGUUCGUUAACAGUGUGGUUACCUAUGAGAAUGAUAUUUGUGUGGCAACCAGUCUAAAUGCCUUCAGCUUCAGCUUGUGAUUCCAAAUGCAGUAAAUUUCCAUGUUGACCAGUGUUUGUAAAUAUUUCCUGCUCAUGUAAGAUAUAGUGCUGUUUACUGUAACUCAUUCCAGUGUGGUAUGGCUGUGGAUGUCUUUCCAGAGAAGGAAAGUAGUUUGCUGUAGAGGUCUAGAAAGUUGGUGGCAUGCUUAACGUUUUCUCCUAUUUUAGUCUUAAUUAUUUGUCAGCAAACACUCCAACGUAUGCAGUGCCAGCAGGGAGUGUUGAGCCGGUCAGUCAAAAUCGGAUUGAGUUCAACUUUCUUCAGUUAACAGGGAUGUAAUAACAGAAACACUACAUCCCAAUCUGAGCCUGUCAGAGGCAAAACAAACACUAAGCGGGUGUGCAUUUACCGUGCACACCACGUGCUAUCACAUUAUAGUUUUUUGUUGCAGCUGCUGCCUGCAGCACUCUUGUUUAAUACUGGACCAGUCUUAAAAAAUGGUGUUCCCAUUAGUCACUGAGACACACAAACAUGGGGAAAUAGAGUGCAGGUAGAAAAAUACCAAAGUUCCCAGUUAACAAGCUAACUAGACCUGUCAUGAUAACUACUUUUGGUUGGAUGAAAUAUUGUCCCAGAAAUAAUUGCAAUAAGUGGUAUUAUUGCUAUUUUAAGACAUUUUAAGCCAUAAAAUAACAAUAAUAUUGCUUAUUUUAUGCCAAUUGGUUAAGAUCUUUUUUAACCUCAGCAUAAUUUUUUUCUGUUUGUUCGCCUUGGGAAAGCAAAUUUGUUUUGGUGGGGGAAAACCCUGCUGUUUUCCCUGCUGUGUAAUACUGUACAAUAUUGUAAUUAUUGUGACAGGCCUAAUGUGGAUAUCUUAGCAUAAUGUUCUAGCAUUUAGCAUGUUAGCACUAAUCUGAAAAUAUAGCAGAGGCUGGCAGGAAAUUGUUUUAGAGGAGUUGUAGCUUGAAGUCAGGAACUAGCUAGUAAUUAGGGUUCAGCCUCUCAUCAUGAAUGUUUGUAAAAAUCAAGAAUGUGUAAAACUUGUCAGGUAAUUACAAAUAUCUCAGCCUGGACUGGGCUUUCCUUAACUUUAUAAUCCUGACCGAAAAUGAAAUACGUUGCUCCUCUAGAGUUAUUUCUGGCAGAGUUAACUUAUGUCAAAACUCUUGUUUACAUUCACAACUACCUUCUGACUGAAGACAAUCUUAAUUCACUCCAUUUUGACUGGACUCUGGCUGUGACACCACACAAUGCAGGCACUGUAGUCUUCCAGAGCCCUGUACUAGGAAGCUGGAUUUGAGGGUUAGCGGGGUAACUUGGAUUUUCAGUAUCACAAAGGUGGUUCUCACUGAGCUGCUGAAUAGGUUUGUAGUGUUCUCUACACACUACUAGUGUUCUUUACCCACACAGUCUCUAAACUUACUCUCCUGUAAAAUAAGUAGCACACAUUAAUACUUCACUAUAUAGUAUGACUUUACUUGAAAUGCUGUAUAAUUCCUUCAAAACACAAUGUUAUCACUUUAUGUUUUAUGCUUUAUCCUGAUUUGCUGAUGUCAGUUUUAAACUGCCGGUAUUACAGCUAAUACAGUCCUGAUUAGAAAAUGUGAAUUUACCCAAGGUAAUAGGCCUUUAAAUAAUUUCUUCUACCUAAAUGAUAACUGGCAAAAAUAGCUUGAGAGUUUAAUCUAAGAGCUGAUAUCUAGCCAUUUUCCAUGGUUUUCUUGAUAAUAACCAAAAUCAUUAUCAAGAAUACCAUGGAUAAUGGCUAGAUAUCAGCUCUUAAAUUAAACUCUUAUGAGCUAUUUUUGUUUGUUAUCAUUAAAUUUGCCAAAACAAAUGUACCUUUAGUUGUACCAGACAUUAAAAUGAACAAGAAAUUGAAGAAAAAGGGUGGUCUGAUAAUUUUUUCCAUGACUUUAUUUAGAGUGUAACUGUAAGUGAGCUGUGGUGUGCAGCUGACAGGUUAGAAAUCAACAGGAGGCAUUGAGAGCGCAUGGAGUAUUAACCCAUGAAUUCACACUUGUUAUUUUCGGUCAAAAAUGCAUUGCGUGCCUUAUUCGGAGCAACAGUUGUGCUUUAAGCUGUCAUUAUUAAUUACUUAAAUUAAACACUCAGUUUCUGGGAUCUGAACCGGUAACCUUCUGUUUGAAAACCAAAUGCCUAACCUCUAGGCUACGGCUGCCCUAAAUCUGGUUAACCACCUCUGUGAUACCUCUAAUCCGUGACUGCGGUCAUUAGACUUAAUGCGUAUGUUGCUUCGUAGUACAGGGCUCAGGAGUGUUUCAUCUUUAAUGUUCUCUGUUGUUUUCUGUUUGUUUGUUUUACCACUUAGCAUGUAUUUCCAUGUAUUCACCAAAUCCAAAACAACCUGUAUGAUACCGACGAACCUUUACUGCUGGUCGCUUUGCUCCUAAUUGUGACUUGUUGCAGUGUUUAGUGCUGUUGUAGAAAUUGUGAUGUAAACUAUAAAUUAUGAACGAUUUCCGAUCGGACCAAGCUCACGCGCAACGUUUGGUGUGUUGGUGUCUUAAAGUUUUGAGUGGAUGCAGGUUUGCAAUGUUCACUCCGCUCACAACGAGUCUUAAAGUGCGUGCUUAGUGUUUUUUCGAUGGUAAAUAGUUGUGUGUUAUUUGAGAAUUGUUUGGUAUGUUAUGUUGUAAAAUCUGCACUAUGUCUUGCAAAUCAAAGACAACAAAUUCCCUGUGAUUUUUGUUUUUAUUUUUUGUUCAUCUCCGAUGACCUUGGCCUCUGUUUAACGUCUUUUAAAACUGGAAUGUUGUACAUUUAGUGCCUUUUACAUUUCAUCAGCUAACUUGAACAUCUGCUCAAAAUAGAAUUAAAAAAAGAUAAGAUUCAUUUAUUUUCGUUUUAUUGUAUGUAUUUUUUUAUACACAUAAUAUCGCCUCUGUAUCCACUGUUCAAAUUUUAUAUAAAACCUAUUCCUGGCCAACUA